GCUCUCCCGGCACUGCAAUGGGUUUACAGAUGCGAUGUUCGGCUUUUACUGAAAGAAAAGUGAGUAAAGGAAAAAAUAACUAAUGUAAGAAGAAUUUAAAGGUUAUUAUGAACCCAGGGGGUCCGUUACAACCACCUCAAACAACCUCGAUCACUGCGCCGACAUCGAAUCAGCAAAUAUCGAUAAUUCAACCUUCUCAAAUUCAAAACAACGGCCAGUACUUUUAUCAAAUUGUGAAUCCACAAGUUCAACCUCAAUUUUCAGUGAUCGGUCUUCAGGGACUACAAGGACUGCAAGGACUCUACCCUUAUGGACUUGUUCAGAACGGACUAAAACCCACUCCUGUCCAAGGAUUUCAAGUGUUGCAAGGUCCCCAAAAUGUCUCAAAUCUCCAGCUUGCAAUCCCCCAAUUACAAGCCGUACAUGUUCAAGCUUCCCCGCAGCUGUUCAUCCAGGCAGGAGAGCUGCAGCAUCAGGCUGCCCUCCCACCAGGAGCAGCCAGACUUGGUGAAAAUACAGAUGUAGGAGAAGUGAAAAGACGAAGUUUAUCCAAGCAGAAAAACAAAAAGAAGAAUGAAAAGAAACAAACAAUAAAGAUGGAAGAAGAUGAAGCUGUUAAAGUGUUACCUGACUACCUAAAGAAUAACUUGGAUAUUAUAUUUAUCAACCCGAACCCGUCCCUACACUCUGCCUGGUCUGGUAGAUACUUUGAUGGACCUGGAGAACAGUUCUGGGACGCUCUUUUCAAUGCAGGUCUUGUAUCUAACCCGACAAAAGCUUGUGAUGAUCACAACUUGCUAAAACAAGGAAUUGGAUUUACAAACAUUGUUGCGCGCACAAUCCAGAGCGCGGGAGAAAUAUCCCGUGAAGAGCUGAUGGAAGGAUCCAGGCUGCUUCGUGCCAAACUAAUUAAAUUUAAACCUAAGAUUGCCGUGUUCUACGGUAAACUGAUCUACGAGGUGUUCUCGGGCAGGAAGAAGUUUAUGUUUGGUCUUCAGCCGGAAAAUACACCAGGUUCUGAUAUAGUUGAGUGGGUGAUCCCAAGCACCUGGGCUCGCGGGACCGGUCAACUUAAAGAUGGAGACGAGGUUCCAUAUUUCUCCGCACUUAAGAAAUAUUUGCACUUUCUGAAAGGAAUUCAAACCAGGCCUCCUGACUCUGAGCUAAUAUUCUCGAGUCCCUCUAAGAAACCAUCCUCGAAGAAGGUGCGAGAGGAGUUUAUCCUGCGUAAGGAUGAAAUCCUGAUGGGAGAGUUCAAAAGUAAAGGAGAUUCACCUGAAAAACCUUCUCCUGGGAAAAAGGAGGAAUUGCCGAGUACAUCUGUUCGAAAUUUCAACUCAGGGACUGAAAUCAAAGCUUCUUUAAAGAUGGACGACAGUUCUGAUGAUGAGUUAGAGAUGCCAGUUCUUCAAGCUGAGAUUCCUUUUCCAACCAAACCAGUUCAAACCAACCAAUCUUCUCCACUUCAAUCCAUCAAUCCGGGGCCCAAAUCCAAACCACCGCAUUCCAAACCGAUAAACCAAACUAAUUCUAGCAAACCAACCAAACAAGUUUUCACUCCCAAAACUGAAACUUCUUUUAGUACAAAAUCAUCUUUUCCGCAGACAUCAAAACCAGUGAAUACCAAGAAUCCUAGUCCAAAGAGAAAUUUAACAAAGCAGGAAAGGGAUGAAGGAAGCUCCACUAGUAGUUGGCAGGAGAGCUACGAGAAACCUAAAACCAGUGAGAAAUGUUAUAAAAAACGAAAAAUCAGUCUCUCCUCUUCCUCAUCCUCUGACAGCGACUCCGAAAGGGAGGCUCAAGCUUUGGAGGACACAAAUGCUUUGUUCGAGAAGCUUAUUCAGUCAAACCCUGACAAAAAUUCAAAAUGGGGUUCGGCCUCCAACUUGAAGAAGAUGGUGCCCCCCUCCACCAACUCUAAGGGGAUGGUGUCCCCCUCCUCUAAAGGGAUGAUAUCCCCUUCCUCUAAGGGGGUGGUUUCCCCCUCUUCUAAGGGGGUGGUGUCCCCCUCAACUAAGGAGGUGAUGUCCCCCUCCAAUCGACAAAUCUCUCCUAGAGGAUCACCGUUAAAGAAUUCACCAGACAAAUGCGAAGGAAUGACCUCUAUCUGGGGAAAAGAUGUGUCUUCCUUUGACCUCCCUGAGGACUAUGUCAAGGACUACCUCAAGGAAAAGAAGGCAACAAAGCUUGAGGAGGGGCCGGAGCUUGAACCCACCUUUCUUGAAACCUCUCCUAACCUUCUAAUGAUUGUGCCUCUCAGCUCUAAGGAAUUAGUCAAUAAAAUUUGAAAUUUAACAAGUGUG